AAGCCAUCUUGCGGUAUUUCUCGUGUGUGUAUGUGUGGUGUGUCUUCAAUCUAACUCCUACUGUCUGCCAAUGGCAUUAUGCAUUGAGGCAAAAGAACCUAAGAAUUUUAUAAGAACAACUUAUGAAUUUUAGCCACAAGAAAUCGAUGCGAAUUUCAUUGAUUUGCCUUAUAAAAAAUAAUUUUGACAAAAAAAUAAUAAACUGAAGCAGACUGAAACCGAACCAUGGACGUUGAGAUUCCGGGGCUCGUGUGUUGACCACUCGUCUUUCAACGCUUCAGAAAAUGAAAUUGUUAAAGGCGUAUAAGAGCUACCCAAGGGGAUGGUCACUCCGGACAGUGUGCCAAAAACAAGCUGGGGCACACCUGGACACAGUCAUUGGCACUGUUUGGCACCCAUGGUUACAAUUUUUCUGAUCUUUAAAGUUACUGGCAACAAUUAUUUUUUUCUGCGCCUGCGCAGUGUGCAUGUGUUAAAAUUUGUUAUUGAUGUUGCCACAAUAUAAUCAAAUUAUUUUCAAAACACAACCGUGAAUCUCCACCAAGUCUCGCCAUGGAUUCUUAAAAUCGUUACACCCGUGAAGGCAGUCGCCUCCACAUUGCUUCCCAGACGAAGAACAGCCAACAGUGGUAUCUUGACAUGACCGAGGUUUCCGGCCAUGGGUACACGAACUAGCGAUGCAGCUCCCACGGCUGCGGCUGCUUCCAAUGCUACUGCUGCUGCUGCUUGUCCAUCUUUUUUGACGUCUUUUAGAGGAGCCGGACCAGCAGAAGGAACAGUAGCAGCAGCAUUGGAAGCAGCUGCAGCCGUGGGAGCUGCAUCGCUAAUUCGUGUAGCGAUUGCACUUCAUGAUGGCGUUCACUGCCAGGGCUACGCUCGGGAAUUCAACCAAUGCGGAGGAGGAACUCGGUCGGCAUAAGGGUGGGUUAUUGAAGAAGUGGAGAUUGCGAUUUUUGCUGGCCUGGGUCAACGAAAGGUAGCGAUUGUUCUUGGAGGCGCUGUAGUCCUUGAAGCUGAUCGAAUUGUCUGGCAGGGUGUAGGUGUUGGUGGACUCUGACAUGUAGUUCUACUUGGAAAAAGCAAUCUGAACUUUGCUAUCAUCAUUUCCAUUCAUUCAAUGUUGUUCAAACGCUGGAUGCUGCGUUCGAUUGGUUCGACAGCGAUGGCGUCUCCCAUCUGGACCAUGGCGGUACCCUCUUUGGUCUUCAGGAACUUUAUCCUGACAACAUUUCCGUACAGGCAGAACAGAUUGAACAGCUUAUCGGUGUUGGCUGUGUUGUUAUCGAGUUCGUAGACCAUCAUUACUGCGGCCUGUUGCUGUGCCGGUUGAAUGAAGUUGGCUGGUCCGUUUCGGGUCAACAGUGCGUCCUUCAUCAGUCCGACGUGUGUUCCGGCCGGUGUUGGUUUCCAGUUUUCCGACGGAUGAUACUCGGGCGGUGAAAAAUUCGGUGAUUGACUAAUGAUUGACGUUCGUUGUGCGGGGUCCGCCUUCCGCCGAAGAUGGAAGGAUCGGGUAGCAACGGAGCUCGUUCGUUGCAGGCAUCCUUGGAGACGGCUGCAUCCAAUGUGUAGUCCCAACUGGAGACCGUAUCGUUUUUGUAAACAUUGAAAAACAAAUCGAAAACAAGAGCUGUUAAAAUACCGGGUUGCCAACAAGGCAUUAUUCACAAGCAAACAAAAGUCAGUUCAAUGACUUCUUGGCACUGCCGGCACAGCUCCGGCACACAUUUGCCUCAGUGUGGAUAAAAUUUACCUGUGAUCACUUUUCACGAAUUCACAAAGCUUGAACCUGGGAGUGAGAAAGUAACACCUCUACCAAUAGCCCAUUUCAAGAACGCAACCAUUCCGAAGCUAUUUUCGCACACAAUAAACCCCGCUACAAUACAUUGCCGAUGCAUUUUUUUUUCGUUGAUUUGUUUUCCGUCGAUCUUGUUUUCCGUACUGAGUACCAAUGCUACCGACGCCAAGGAGGCAGCUCCCACACCUGGACCCUACCUAUCGACCCAUCAACUCAUGAACCGGGGACCAACGGCUUUACUUCCCAUCCGAAGGAAGGCGUGAUCAGAGAUGUUAUGCCUCAGAACAUCCCCGCGGCGCUGACUGGGCUUGAACCCAGGCCAGCUGGGGCGAGAGAUAAUCAAGCUUACUAAUCGAGUACUGAUCUUUAGAAAACUUAUCGAUGCUAUUGAAACAAUGCAAAGAUUACACAAAAUAAUUAGUUUAAUGAGAUAUAAGUAAGAUUUUCAACUUGUCACUAGUGAUAUUCAUAUGGCCAAUGAGAACAACCCAAAUUUGAGUUUAGUUUACUCAUGAAUCCACACAAGGUGCAUGAACUCAGCGAUGAGUAAAUUUGCCUCAUGUUUUUCCAGGUUUGUACAGGAAAAAAAAAAACUUUCCGGGUAUGUGAAAAGUUAAGAUUGGAUUCUCUCAGUCUAUUGGUCAAAUUUCCUCAUUUUCCGGUAGAUUUUUGAGGUUUUUCACAGUCACACGUUUAACUAUUUCUGGUAAUAUGUCUUUUCUUUGUUUUCUGUAUUGUCCGUUGUUGAGUUUCUCUGUCAUCGUGUUGUCGUGAAAUGACAAUUGCUUUUCCUUUGUCUGCUUUUGUGAAGUAUACUGAUUUGUAUUUUAAUUCCUUGAUGAUUGUUUAUUCUUCUCUGCUGUUUAGUAAUUCUUGUGUUCCUUUCGUGAUGUUUUCUUCUGAUAAUGUUCUAGUUGUGUUUUUUUUUGUUCGGUUGGUAGUUGUCUAAUGUUUAUAGUUGUUUCUAUUUCAAUGAUAAUUACGUAAUGUUUAAUACGUUCAGUAAUAUCUUUAAUUGAUCUGUUGAACAUUGCUGAGAUGGUUUUUUGUCAACAAAACCUCCAAAGGGUUGCACUGUUUGUUUUGAAAUUCUAUUAGUAUUAACUUUUAAUUUAGAAUUUGGUUGCUGAAACAUGAGGCAAAUUUACUGAUCGUUAAGCUCCUGCGAUUCUGGCGAUUAUGAGUAAGCUAAACUCAAAUUAAGUUCGUUCUCAUUCGCCGUGUGGAUUCCUAUGUCAAACUGCAAUGCCUGAUAUCAUGCUCUAAGCGUAUCAGUAUCGAAGGUGAAAUUCAGUGCUGGAGCCAGAGCUGGUAAAUAUCACGGCCGUCAAGUGACAAUAAGAAAUCAGGUCCUCUCACUAUCAUGAGAGUAACUGUCAUACGGUUUUGACAUCAACAUUUCCAACUGAUUUAUAUUAGAUUUUGACAAGCAACAGUAUGUAAUCGGUAGAGUGAAUAUGUCUUUAAGAUUACCGCGGUACAAGCAACAAUCAAUACGAAACUAACGAUUUUAAACUGGCUCACUACUUGACUAGCCUAUUGGUCCCAAGCAAAUCGAUCAACGUACCCCAUUCUAGUCGAAAUUCUAGUACUACACAAUGUUUGUUUUUAUUCGCUAUGAAAGUUUGACUGAUAAAAUGAGGGGUUAUUGGAUUUUCCUAUGUUCGAGGGGUGAAUCGAUUAGCUUGGGACCGAAGAGAGUACCAGAGCUGAGCCAAAAAGUUGAGCACGUUUCUUCGGGACCUACUAGUCUUAUAGUUACCUCUAUAGUACAAGUAACAAUAAUAUCAAUAAAUGAGUUUAUAAUUGCGAUGUUAACAACACUGUCACGUUCUGUCAUGACAAAAAUAUCGAUGAGAUUUUGAAGUAAAUCUCUAUUAUCGUUUUCUCAACCAAUGAUAGUGACAGAAGUAUCUCUGUAAAUAUCGCGUGAGAUCUUUUAUUGAAAAUGAAAUUUCCCAGCCCUGGCUGGAGCAAUAUCUAAUAUCAAUUGACAUGGUUGACAGCACGCAGCGCUGAUGUACUACAUCUCAAAAUUCGCAGAAUUUCAUGGAGAAUUCUUCAGAGGCCAUGUCAACUGUCUAAAGCAACAUUGGCCACUGGUUUCGAAAGCACCGUAAAUAUGGCCAAUUUAUCGACUCCAUAUAACCAAAAUUACAUGAAGAAUCCAUCAGAGGCCAUGUCAACAUGUCAACAUGUUCGGCCAAAUAGCGUCCCAUCCGGUGGUGCACUGGUACCGCUCGUUGUAGGAUCCACCUGAGACGAUGAAAAAACGGUACAUGUGUCGAUAUUUCGACGGAUCAAUGGCAGACGCGGGGAUAGCUGUUCACGCGUGAUCCAGAGGAGGCUGGCAUCGUCCCAUUAUUUCGGGUUAAAGUUGUGCAUACGAGCCCGUGAGAAGGGUUUUUGUAAUGCAAGACUGUUUUUGAUUUUAAUGUCGGUGUCGCCUCUUUAUUUGUUACAAUGGAGGGAUUCCGGAGAAUCCCAGGAGCGAUUCCAGAGAAUCUCAUGAACGAUUCAGGAGAAUCCCAGGAGAUGGAAUUAAGACGAAACAUAUUCAAGUAUGCUUUUAAGGGCAGUCCAGUUCCUUAUGAUUCCAGUUUUAAUCAUAAACGGCACUCACUGCAAAUCAAGUUCCUGAAUUUGGUCCACAUAUUCAAUUCUGGUAUUCUUUCAAGUUCUGAGCAUUUACUCAGUAAUACAGAAAUACUGAGAAUAAGUUGUUGUACACAAAACACUGGAUUUACUUUCCACUCCGAAUAUUUCUCCCAUCACCUGGCAUCCCUGCAGCGCAGUGCGCAUGUCUGAAGCCACAAGUUGUUCAUCGCACCGACCCCAUCGCAACAAUGUGCAACAAUCCUGCCGGACCGACGGCGCCGACGUUCACCCGUUCAUUUGUUUACGAACGACCGACUCGGAUGCGAAGGAAAGCGAAAAGAAUUUUCCCAUUUUCCAUCCUCCCUUCGCAGUCUCAUUGACAGACGGUCAGCCAUUGCUGCCAACCAAACGCAGAAAAAUUCGAGAAUUUCAUUCGCGGCGACCGAUUUUCAUCAGCUGCUUAGGCCCGUAAUUUGCCGAAAAAAAGGAAAACAAACGUAAAAGAUGACUUCCAGCCGGCUUCAUCGGGUGUUUUUGUAUAGUUUUGCCAUCUGCCUGUUCGGUACCUUUGUGACAAUCGCGGCCAAGAUCUUCCCAAUUGCCAAUCUACCCACGAGUACUAAUGUCAUCAUCAUCGGCACAUGCCUGGCUAAUGUGAUUUCCGUGGUGGCAUUGAUUAUUGGAAUAAUAAUGAAACGACCGGAGCUGGUGAAAGCCGUUAAAAUAUUCAGCUGGGUGCAGUUGGGUGCCAUUUUCUUCCUUAUCUGUUUGGCACUGUUCCUACUGUACGUGGUCAAGGUGGACGUGGAGCACUACGACGAGAGUGCGAUGAAACAGGAACUGUGAGAGGUGCUGGCGUUGGCUUCUAUUCAAGCGUAGCUGGGAUGUUGAUAAUGGUGUUUGAAUUAAUAAUUCACUGUCUUUCGAAUUGAAGAAACGGCAUUUUCUAUGCGAAACUCCCCAGAUGACAAACGUGUUCAUCCUGCGUGUAAUAUUUUGUACUACGUGGUGGUUUUUUCGAUUAUAAAUGUUUAUUGGAAUGAUGUAAAUAAAACGUCAUCGAAAAAAAAUAUGCUGACCUAUGUUUCCUUAUAUGUACUUUGCAGUCAAUAAUCCUUUUCGUGUCAUCAAUGUAUCAUUUAUCGAUUUGUGACGUAUUUUCUGACUCAUAAUUGAAAAGAGGCUUCUACAUAAAUAUGAAUAGAAAAUAUUUCAAAUUG